CCACGCAUCCCGCCUCCGCCGGGUGGCGGUAAGCCGGCCCGCCGCCGCGCCGCGCCCCGCCCUCCGCCCUCCCCGCGCUCGGCGGCUCCCGGCGCCUCUCCCGCUCCUCCUCUGCUCCUCCCGCUCCUCCUCUCGCCUCGCCGCCUCCACCCGCUCCUCCGCGCCGCCGCCGGCCGCCGCGCGCUCUGCUCCUCGCAGCUCCCCGGACCCGCAGCCAUGGCCGACAUCAAGACGGGCAUCUUCGCUAAGAACGUCCAGAAGCGACUCAACCGCGCGCAAGAAAAGGUCCUCCAGAAGCUGGGGAAAGCUGAUGAGACAAAAGAUGAACAGUUCGAAGAAUACGUCCAGAACUUCAAACGGCAAGAAGCGGAGGGUACCAGACUUCAGCGAGAACUCCGGGGAUAUUUAGCAGCCAUCAAAGGCAUGCAAGAGGCCUCAAUGAAGCUCACGGAGUCAUUGCAUGAAGUCUAUGAACCAGAUUGGUAUGGGCGGGAAGAUGUGAAGAUGGUUGGCGAGAAAUGUGAUGUACUGUGGGAAGACUUCCAUCAAAAACUAGUGGAUGGAUCCUUGCUGACACUGGAUACCUACCUGGGCCAAUUUCCUGACAUAAAGAACCGCAUCGCCAAGCGCAGCAGGAAGCUGGUGGACUACGACAGCGCCCGCCACCAUCUGGAAGCUCUGCAGAGCUCCAAGAGGAAGGACGAGAGUCGGAUCUCUAAGGCUGAAGAGGAAUUUCAGAAAGCACAGAAAGUGUUUGAAGAGUUUAACGUUGACUUACAAGAAGAAUUACCAUCAUUAUGGUCAAGACGAGUUGGAUUUUAUGUCAAUACUUUCAAAAACGUUUCCAGCCUUGAAGCCAAGUUUCAUAAGGAAAUUGCGGUGCUUUGCCACAAACUAUAUGAAGUGAUGACGAAACUGGGUGACCAGCACGCCGACAAGGCCUUCACCAUUCAAGGAGCUCCCAGAGCGAGGUGUGAUUCGGGUCCUCUCCGCAUUGCAAAGACGCCGUCGCCACCCGAGGAGCCCUCACCCCUCCCGAGCCCAACGGCCAGUCCGAAUCAUACACUGGCACCUGCAUCUCCUGCACCAGCACGACCUAGGUCGCCUUCUCAGACAAGGAAAGGGCCUCCCAUUCCACCUCUGCCUAAAGUCACCCCAACAAAGGAACUGCAGCAGGAGAACAUCAUCAGUUUCUUUGAGGACAACUUUGUUCCAGAAAUCAGCGUGACUACACCUUCCCAGAAUGAAGUCCCUGAGGUGAAGAAAGAGGAAACUCUGCUGGAUCUGGACUUUGACCCUUUCAAGCCUGAGGUGGCACCUGCGGGCUCUGCCGGAGUGACCCACUCGCCCAUGUCUCAGACAUUACCUUGGGAUCUGUGGACGACUGACUCUUCAAAAAGUCUUUCCCUGUGUAACCUGAUCAUGGAGGAAACUCCAGACAGUGGGUUGGCCGAAGAAAUUCAAAGAUCUCAAAUUGAUGUGGGUGCAUUUACUUGGGGCCCUGACGCUAGUACAGACAGUGUCAGCCAGGAAAUUCCCUCAGACAGGUCUGGAGAAGACCCUGCAUGUCUCUCUGAAGCUGAGCAAGACAUGCAAUUAUCCACCGGCAUGCUUUCUUCUGCUGAUGGGCCUGUCGUGGCUGAACAGGGUGAAUGUACCCUGUGGCCAGACUCUUCAGGUGGAAAUGAACAACUCUCCCCAAAGUCUGUGCCGGAGGCUGGAGUUGCUGUUGCUGCUUGUGUGGAGUUGGGGCAGCCGUAUGACUUGCCUGACCCAGAGAUGCCAGCCGUGGAAACAGCUGGCCUUUUCCAAGAAAGCUAUGAAGGUGUUCAAAAUUCAGAUGAAGAAGAAGAGAAACAGAAGACAGAAGAUUCUAUGUGGGCAGGUGUGGAGACAUGUCAAAAGGUAGACACGGGAGCUAUUGGUAUCAAGACCCUGGAAGGGACAGAGGAGUUUGAAGAGAAAGGAAAUGAAAGUAUAGGGAACAUGGUGGUAGAUCUUACCACAGUGGGAAAGCAAGACCAGGAGACCUUACAAAUCAAUGAAGUGGACUCUAGGGAGGGUCUUAGUGCAAAGUGUAAGGAUAGUGUAAAAACCAAUGAAAAUUCUUUUGAGAAAACUGACCUAUUAGAAGAAGCCAUGGAAAGAGUAGCUAUGCCAGAAGAAUUUAGUGAUGGAGACCAAGGUCUACAUGAUGGGAUUCAAGUAGUGAUUAGUAAUUAUGAAAUUAUAGAGGGCUCUGGUGCUAAACCUGCCAAUCACACAGAUACCUUGAAUCCACCACUCCAGACAAACUCCAUGGCUAGCAGUGAAGGUACCAGCCCUGAGGGAUGGGAAUUAGCUAGAAAAGAGAUCAAAAAAAAUUUAACAGCCCCUCCCAACCAUGAUGUAAUGUAUCACCCAGCACAGUGUGGUGCAGAUGCUGAAGAAAAUCAGCGUGAGACUGUGCCGAAUGCUCCUGGAGAUGAUGGGGAUAAAAAUCAGGCUGCUGGUUGGUCUAUAAAACUUGAAGUGGCAGCUCAGUCUAGGAUUGACUUUAAUUAUUCUCUGGGAACUGAUGGAAACAGAAGGGAUAUGUGUUCAUCUAAGGCAGAAGACUCACUAAUGGAGGGGUCUGAAGGUACAGUGAGUGGAGACUAUAGUCAUGCCUGUAGCUUGCCAAGAAUUGCACAGACGGACUCCUGGGGGACAGUUCCAGGUCAACUCUGGCAGCCACAUUUGGAUUCAGCUGUGAAUGACACGGAUAUAUCAGGAUUCUCUGGUAUACCAGGUGGCCAGGCAGGUGGAUUUGCCAGUUGCCUAGAUUCUAUUAACUGCUGGACUAUCAGAGAUACUGAAGGCUUAGGUAAUCACUGGGACCACUUAGGUACAGUUGAGAGCAGCAAGGGACUGGAAGGGGACUCACUAGCUGGUGUAUGUAGGGAACAAGCCAUUGCUAGCCUCUGGGGACAAAGCCAGGAGAUAGAUAGACGGCUGGUUCUGGGAAGCUCCCGGAACGCUAGCCCUGAGAGUUCUGCUAGUUCCCGAGACAAUGACAUCAACAACUCAGAUUUAUCUGAAGAUGAAAUUGCUAACCAGAGAUAUGGAUUGUUGUACCAAGAAAUAGAGGCUGACAAAGACGAGGCUUCUGGUGGUUCAUUUAAUGGAUUCACCCAGCCCCAGGACACAUCAUUAUUCACCAUGCAGACAGAUCAGAGCGUGGUCAGCAAUUUGAUCUUACCUGGAACUGAGGCUGAUGUGGCAGCCCAGGAGGCUCCUGUGCAGGAAGCAGAGCCAGAGAAGGCAGCUCUCCCUGCUGGGGAGGGAGUCGAGUUAGAGGCCAAAGUUGAGACGGAAAGCACUGAGGGUGUAGAAGGUGACAGACCUCAACCAGAGGAACCAGAAUUAGCAGUGCCUCAGGAGAAGGUCAUCCCUUCUGUCGUCAUAGAGCCUGCCUCCAACCACGAAGGGGAGGGAGAACAAGAAAUACCCACAGGUGCAGAGCCCAAGGUGGCCACUGAGGACGUGGCUCCUCCGGGUGCCGGCAGUGAGGUGCUGGAGCUGGCCGCAGAGCAGAAGCCCCUGGAGGACACUCAGCCCGCGCCUUCUGCACCUGCCCUGGGAGCUGCUGACCAGUCAGCACCUGCAAGGGAGGCAUCUCAGGAAUUGCCUCCAGGCUUCCUCUACAAGGUCUUUUAA